AGGAUUUGGGUGGCCAGGACAAGGAAGAGGACGGUCCCUUCUUCCAAUGCCGGGAAGCUGGGGUGGGAGACGAGAAGAAGCUGGGCGCAAGAACAGAGAAAAAUGCAAACUUCAUUCGCGGUGGUCUCCAAGCAGCGAUACCGCGCCACUCUGGGUGAUCUGAUUGAUCUUCAAUGCAUCUAGAACUUAUUUUGGUGUAUGGUAUGAGAUGGUGUCAGGAGUGGGAUCCAAAGUGGAGCUUCUAGCGACCCCCAGGAGCACUGAAUGAACAUGCAAGGUACCUGCAGGACCCACUUGUGUCCAUUGAUCUCUCACAGCAGCUGGGGAUCACAGAACCUGCAGAUUGGAUCGUCUGAGAACACCAGAGAAAGAGAAAGACUGUCCUUGCCAUCCACACUACAGCAAAACUUUGGAGCUUUAAACCUUGGGUUCAUAAUCUCACAACUGAGAAGGGUCCCUCCACACUCCUGGAACUGUACAUCCAUUGGAACCCUUAAGGUCUAUGCCACUGUUAGAAUCAGGCUAACUCUUCAGAACAUCCCCCUGUGGCAAAGCUCACUUUGGCCAGAGUUGGAACUACUUUCUGCAGGAAUCAUUGUAGUCAAUCAUUUUCCAGUUCUCAGCCGCUCAGUUGUGAUCAAGGGACACGUGGUUUCCGAACUGCCAGCUCAGAAUAGGAAAAUAACUUGGGAUUUUAUACUGGAAGACAUGGAUCUUGCUGCCAACGAGAUCAGCAUUUAUGACAAACUUUCAGAGACUGUUGAUUUGGUGAGACAGACUGGCCAUCAGUGUGGCAUGUCAGAGAAGGCAAUUGAAAAAUUUAUCAGACAGCUGCUGGAAAAGAAUGAACCUCAGAGGCCGCCCCCCCAGUAUCCUCUCCUUAUAGUUGUGUAUAAGGUUCUCGCAACCUUGGGAUUAAUCUUGCUCACUGCCUACUUUGUGAUUCAACCUUUCAGCCCAUUAGCACCUGAGCCAGUGCUUUCUGGAGCUCACACCUGGCGCUCACUCAUCCAUCAUAUUAGGCUGAUGUCCUUGCCCAUUGCCAAGAAGUACAUGUCAGAAAAUAAGGGAGUUCCUCUGCAUGGGGGUGAUGAAGACAGACCCUUUCCAGACUUUGACCCCUGGUGGACAAAAGACUGUGAGCAGAAUGAGUCAGAACCCAUUCCUGCCAACUGCACUGGCUGUGCCCAGAAACACCUGAAGGUGAUGCUCCUGGAAGACGCCCCAAGGAAAUUUGAGAGGCUCCAUCCACUGGUGAUCAAGAUGGGAAAGCCCCUAUUGUCGGAGGAGAUUCAGCAUUUUUUGUGCCAGUACCCUGAGGCGGCAGAAGGCUUCUCUGAAGGGUUUUUUGCCAAGUGGUGGCGCUGCUUUCCUGAACGGUGGUUCCCAUUUCCUUAUCCAUGGAGAAGACCUCUGAACAGAUCACAAAUGUUACGUGAGCUUUUUCCUGUUUUCACUCACCUGCCAUUUCCAAAAGAUGCCUCUUUAAACAAGUGCUCUUUUCUUCACCCGGAACCUGUUGUGGGGAGUAAGAUGCAUAAAAUGCCUGACCUAUUUAUCAUUGGCAGCGGUGAGGCCAUGUUGCAGCUCAUCCCUCCCUUCCAGUGCCGAAGACAUUGUCAGUCUGUGGCCAUGCCAAUAGAGCCGGGGGAUAUCGGCUAUGUCGACACCACCCACUGGAAGGUCUACAUUAUAGCCAGAGGGGUCCAGCCUUUGGUCAUCUGCGACGGAACCGCUUUCUCAGAACUGUAGGAAAUAGAACUGUGCACAGGAACAGCUUCCAGAGCCGAAAACCAGGUUGAAAGGGGAAAAAUAAAAACAAAAACUAUGAAACUGCUUUCUGGGAGUUGGUUACUUAGUUACCUGCCCUUUGCAUGCAUGUGUGAACCAGCUGUGAGCUGCAAGGCAGUGGCCAGAGCCUAGCCCUCCUGACUCUUCCUGCAGAUGGCUCAGGAAGGAUUCAGCCUGGCCACUUGGCUAGGACUCUGCCAGCACCCAUCUGAGACUGACCUCUUCCGGGCCUUUGGGCACUAUGACCUUGAUGCUGCCCUUGAGGCAGGAAACAGGGCUGGUGCCUUCCUUCACCUGCAUGGCCAGCUUCCUUCCCUGGCAGUGGAGAGGGCAGCCAACAGGUUCUAAUGUCAGAGCCAUCCUUUACCGGGUGGGCCUGCCUGUCCCCAUCUUCCCUGUCACAUCACUCUACUUUUUGGAAGACCAUGGCUGAUUAAAGAAGUUCUUGUAGUUUCCCAAGCAAAGUGGAAUCUAGAACCAGUGAAAAAAGUUCAGGUAACUUUGAAUUGCGUUCAGGAAGUACACUUCUUUCCCAUUGUCCGUGGCCCUUGGAGUCUCUGUGACGCCAGGCUAGAGUCUGAUUAUAUAAUAAUUCACAAUGGUAACUCCCAAGGUAAUGCCUUCUUCCAUUUCAUCAGGUUCUUAUAUCGCCACUGCACUCCCUCCCCUUCUCCCUUGCCUGUCUGGAUGGCUUCUCAGAAGCUCGGCUCUAGCCCUCCCUGCCUUGGGGGGGCCAGAGCCCACUACUGCUGAGGCAGCAGUGCUCUUGUCAGCUGUGUUGCCUUUACCAAGUGUCUUCAGAGGGUUAUGAGCUAAAGUAGCUGGCCUGGGGAGAGGGAGCCUCCCUGGGUUUGAUCUUUAGGGUCUGACUUUCUGCAGAGAAGAUGUUUUACAGAUGUGUCAAAGCUGAUGUAAUGUGGUUGGGGGAGGAAAUCCAGACCCAAAGUGUUUGUCAGCUGGGUGUGCAACUGCCUAUGUGAUCCUCUGUCUUAAAAUGAUUUCUGUCUGUGCUGGGAAACAAAGGCAAGGUGAGGUGUUUUUCUUUUUUGUAAUAAUACAAAGCUGUGUGUUUCUGA